UGUGUGUGUGCGUGCGUGCGCGCGCGCGUUAGCCACAUUGCUAAUAGCCGCGCUGCGACCUCUGUGCAGCCCGCAGCAUCUGUCUCCUCGAGCUGUAAGCGCGCUCCUCCUCGGCCGUCUCCCCUCAACGCGACUCCCGAAACAUGGCGGCGCUCAGUGCUUCGCGCGCAGCGGAGAAUUUGUUCCUCAGAAAACUGCGUCUGGCUCCGUGCAGAGCGAGAUUAAAUGUGGCGAAUCUGCAGUGGAGCAAGACCAGCGGCUGCUACUUUUCUACCUCGAGCCAAAGACGCUCCCUCUUCUACGCGGAUCCCACAGAAGCAGUCAAAGAUAUCCCCAGUGGAGCUACCAUUCUGGUGGGAGGCUUUGGGUUAUGUGGGAUCCCAGAGAACCUCAUCAACAGUUUACUAAAGACGGGCGUCAACGGUCUCACGGCCGUCAGCAACAAUGCAGGAGUGGAUAACUUUGGCCUGGGUCUGCUGCUGAAGACCAAGCAGAUCAAGAGGAUGAUCUCUUCAUACGUCGGGGAGAACGCAGAGUUUGAGCGACAGUAUCUGACAGGGGAGUUGGAGGUGGAACUGACUCCACAGGGAACUCUGGCAGAGAGGAUCAGGGCCGGGGGUGCCGGGGUUCCAGCCUUCUUCACGGCCACCGGCUACGGCACACUGAUCCAAGAGGGAGGCUCUCCUAUUAAGUACAACAAAGAUGGCAGCAUUGCCAUCGCCAGUGAGAAGAGAGAGGUGCGGGAGUUCAACGGCAGGCACUACAUCAUGGAAAAGGCCAUCACUGGAGACUUCGCCCUGAUUAAGGCGUGGAAAGCCGACAAGGCUGGAAACAUUAUUUUCAGGAAAACAGCGAGGAAUUUCAAUCAACCCAUGUGCAAGGCAGCCACAACCACAAUAGUUGAGGUGGAGGAGGUGGUGGAUGUUGGGACCUUCGCUGAAGAGGACAUCCACAUACCCAGCAUCUACGUCCAGAGGGUCGUCCAGGGAGCCAGCUACGAAAAAAGGAUCGAGAAACGCACAGUAAAGAGAAGCCAAGAAGAGAAGCCCAAACCAAAGAAGGACGCCGACAUUGUUCGGGAAAGGAUCAUCCGCCGGGCUGCUCUGGAGUUUGAGGAUGGGAUGUACGCCAACCUUGGUAUUGGAAUCCCCAUGCUGGCCAGCAACUUCAUAAAACCAGACAUCACUGUGAACCUCCAAAGUGAAAAUGGGAUUUUGGGACUGGGGCCGUACCCCACCGAGGAUGCAGUGGACGCAGACCUGAUAAACGCCGGAAAGGAGACUGUCACGGUGCUUCCAGGUGCUGCCUAUUUCUCAAGUGAUGAAUCAUUUUCCAUGAUCCGAGGCGGCCACAUCAACCUGACCAUGCUGGGAGCCAUGCAGGUGUCCAAACACGGAGACCUGGCCAACUGGAUGAUCCCCGGUAAAAUGGUGAAGGGGAUGGGAGGAGCAAUGGAUUUGGUGGCGAGCGCUGGAACCAAGGUGGUGGUCACAAUGGAGCACUCGGCUAAGGGCGGAAAACACAAGAUAUUGGACAAAUGCAGCCUGCCAUUAACUGGGAAGCAGUGUGUGGAUCGAAUCAUCACAGAAAAGGCCGUGUUUGAUGUGGAUGAGACAAAAGGCCUGACCCUGAUAGAAGUAUGGGAGGGGCUCACUCCUGAGGAUAUCAAAGCGUGCACUGGCACCGAUUUUCAAGUAUCUCCCAACCUGAGGUCCAUGCAGCAAAUCUAAAAGGAGCUUUGCAGUGGAUCUUUGUUUUUCGGUUUGUGUGGCACUCAUUUUUUGCCCUCUGGUCAACAGCCGGCGAUAAAGGAGCAUAAGAUGGGUCAAAAGUGAAUGCAUAAUAGAGCAGUGUGGUUCAGUUCCCUGGUAAUCAGCGUGCACACAUCAGAAGGGUUUAGUUGACUUGGGAAUCACAGGAACCAGCAUGCAUGGUUGUUUUUAAGGAGGUGGUCAGACACGCAUGGGGGGAGAAACAGAACAUUCUCUCCUGUUAAUUUAAUCAUUUCUUUCGUUACAGUUUCUGUAAGAAAAAUGCAACUUGGUACUAUGAAUAAAAGUUAUGCAAUAAUUUAAAUCAUAUUUAAAGUGUCAGAAACUCGCUGUAAAAGGAUGAAUUUAGAAAACGAAUGUGUGCUUUAAUUCAGGUGAUUCUUCAGUGUGGGAGGGAAUAUGUUUUGUAGUUUGUGGGAAAGGUGCUAUACCGACAAAUGUCCUUGACAAUAUUAAUCUAAUGUGAAAUAUGUUUUCAGUUUUUCUCCAUUCGAAAAAAUGAAAGAUGCAAUAAUAAGGUUCCGACAGAAAACUGUUUAACAAUCAUUGCCAUACUGUAAAAUCUUUUUUUUGUCUGAUACUUGACAUUUGCUCUCGCCUUGCCUUUGUAUAUAAAGUCACAUACAACCUUGUUGAGUGAAACAAGUGUAA